AUGAGUUGGUUCGACAGUGGCGGUGGUAGCGGGGGUGGUGGUGGUGGCGGCAGUGGAGGUGGUGGAGGUAGCGGAGGUGGUGGCAGCAGUGGGAGUGGUGGUGGGAGUGGGGGCUUUGGUGGCGGUAGUGGUGGCAGCAGUGGGGGUGGCGGUAGUGGCGGCAGUGGGAGUGGUGGCAGUCGGGGUGGAGCUGUUCAGAGGGGAGAUUCUGGCGGUGGACAGAGGCAGCAGCAGCAGCGCCGGAGCGAGACCCCUUCGCCCCAGCAGAUUCGUGAGUGGUUUGCUCAGCAUGGGGCGUCUGGGGGUAGUGUUCGCUGCCCGUAUGUCAUUCGCAUGGGUGACCGUGCUGGUCAGACAUGCGGGAAGUUUCACUCUCAGCACCGCUGCUUCUCCCGCCUAGACGACGCUUGGCGCGCAGAGUUUGGUGACGAGGCUGAGCGCCCUUGCUGGGGAGAGCUGCUUAGGUCCGGUAGCACCCCCCUGCUCGUGUCGCCUCCUGUCGCACCACCGCCGUGGCCACCCCUCCCUGCCACGCCUUCGUGGCAUGCACUCCCGCCGCCUUGUUUCUUGUCUUCCCAGGUCUCUGCCUCCCCUCCCGCCCUCGCCUGCCCUGCCCUGCCUUCCUUGCAUUGA